AUGAAGGUAUUACAUCAGCAGGUUAAGGAACUUCAAAACCAGCACGAAGAAGACCAGCGUAGGAUCGCGGAGCUGGAGGCGCGCCUGGAGCAGGCGGACGACCAGGCUCGCGACUGCGCUGUGGAGAUCCGUGGUGUUCCGGUAACGGAGAACGAGGACUUAUACGAGCGUGUGCAGCAACUGGGAGCUGCGGUCGGAACCACCCUGGUGCGAGAGGACCUAUCCAUCUGUAGGCGUACGCGCGUCGUUAAUGUAGCCGGGUACCAGCUGAUACAUAAGCGGCGUGAGGGGGGACGGCGCGGCGGAGGGGUGGGGUUUUAUGUGCGCGCACGGCUUGCCGUGCGCCCGCUGGCACUGCCUACCGCCGCCGCGGGUCUCGAGCAGCUGUGGCUCCAUCUCACGGUGGCGAGGCACACGUGCGUUAUAGGUACAGCGUACCGGCCGCCACAAGUACCCGUGGACGCGGCGCUUGGCUCGGUGGCCGAUUUGUGGGAUCGCCAUGCACCGGUAGUCUCGCGGCGGGCGGGAGCGGCGCCGCGGCCCUGGCUCACUGGCACCGUGCGCCGCGCCAUGCUGCUGCGCGAGCGAGCCGGCGCGCGCGCUGCCGCCCAGCCGCGCGACUCCGCCGCGCACUGCUACUACCGCCAGCUGAGGAACCAAGUCACCGAGAUGGUGAGAGCGGAGAAGCAGGCGGCGUUCACACGUGAGAUUAACUCGCAUAUUACUAACUCAAAAAGAAUGUGGAACGGCGUGCGGAAAUGCAUAGCUACCAAAAAGGCUAGUAACGAAAUACCCCAGUUUCUCAACGAUCCAGACAAGAUAAACAGCAGUUUUCUUAAGCUGCCGCCCACUUCGCCAGUACCUAAACAUCUGUUAGAACAUUUUGCAUUGUCGGACGGCGCGAGUGGUGGUAAGUUUACAUUCAAGGAUAUUGACGAGAAGGAGCUGCUGAAGAUCAUGGGGACUAUAAAAACUAACGCCGAGGGAACAGAUGCUAUUUCCAUAGACAUGCUAAAGCUCACAAUGCCCAGAACUAUUCCAGUGCUUCUCCAUAUUAUUAACACUUGUCUGCUUGAGGGUUGUUUUCCUACUGGUUGGAAGGAAGCGGUCGUCACACCACUGCCAAAAAAAGAUCAAGUUAAUGACUACCGCGAUCUCCGACCAAUUAGCAUCCUACCAGCUAUGUCGAAAAUAUUAGAGAAGGCAAUGACCAAGCAGUUAUCUUCGUAUCUUGAGGGGUCUGGUGUAAUUCCGGAUAAUCAGUCAGGUUUCCGAGCAGGGCGCAGUCCUGAGACUACCUUGUUAAAUGUCGUAGACGAGAUAGUUCACGCCACAGACAGAGGGUUAGUAUCUAUACUGGUUUUAUUAGAUUUCUCAAGAGCGUUCGAUUCUUUAGAUAUAGAGCUUCUGCUUUGCAAACUUCGUUACUAUGGGCUAGACAGUGUGGCGCUGAGGCUCAUGAAGAACUACUUAACAGGCCGGAAGCAGAUGGUAAAGUGUCUGAAUAAAGACGGAAGACCCACUUACUCAUCUUUCGCAGCUGUGACCCGUGGGUGCCCUCAGGGAGCGUGUAUCUCGCCUCUGCUCUACGCAGUGUACACGGCGGAGUUGCCGCACGCCGCGCAGCACGCGCACUGCGAGAUGUUCGCGGACGACACGCAGUUGCUGCUAUCGUUCGCGCCGGAGGAUGCCGCAGGAGCCGUGCGUCGGCUCAACGAGGACCUGCAGCGAGUGUGGGAGUGGGCGCGGGACAACGCGCUCUGCCUCAACCCGGGGAAAACCAAUGCAAUCAUGUUUGGGGCGAGGAAUUCUGUUAGACGCGUGCAGUCGCUCGGUCUUCCCGUACGCCUAGGCGGAACAGACAUACCUUUUGUGGAUUGUGCUAGGAACCUGGGCUUGUACAUGGAUUCGGGACUUAAAUUCGAGAAACAUAUAAAUUUGAAGAUAAAAGCAGCGAUGUACAAGCUCAAGUCCUUGUAUAAAAUAAAUGAAUUCCUUAGCGCCGAAGUGAGGCGAAUGCUAGUUGAAUCUGUAAUUUUGUCCCAAUUUAAUUAUUGCGACACAGUCUACGGCCCGUGUAUAUUACAGAAAACAAGUCAUCGUAUACAAAAAGUUCAAAAUUCUUGCGCAAGAUUUAGUGAGCGGCUUGGGCGUCGCGAUCGUAUAACUCCAGCGCUCAAUCAAUUAAAUUCGCUGAAAAUGUCCGCGCGGCGGCGGGUCCACCUCGCGUGCGCGACCUUCCGCGUGUUAGCACGGCAAACGUCGCGCGCACUGGCCGACAAGUUGCGGCGCGCGGCCGCGGCCGACUCCGCGCGCCCGCGCCGAGCCCUCCACGCGCUGCUGCUGGUACCGCCCGAGUAUCGUGCGGCCGCGUUCAGGGGGUCAUUUCGUUACGCUGCCACCAAAUGUUGGAACGAUAUCCCCCCUCCUGUGCGUGAGGCAAAGAGUAUCCAACAGUUCAAAUCUAGACUUAAAAAGUUGUACAUGAAUAAUCAAAAAGAGUUUGAGAAUAUACACGUGACCAGCCCCGUGAGGGAUGCGUUCAUAAAGUUAACUUUUAGGUAA